AUUAAAAACCUAGCGGGAGACAAUUUGGGAUCAUCUUUUUGAUUGUGAGAGAUUAGACGUAGCUCAAAUCCGAGAAAGGCAACAAUGGCGAAGAGAGAGCUUAGUGGGACUCUGAGAAACCUUAAGUUUAUGCAAAGGGCUACUCUGAAAGUAGAGAAAAAGAAGAAUGAUGAAGAGCCAAACGAGAAUUCACCGUCUCUCAGUACUGUUCGAAAGAAGUGUGUGGUCAUUACUGAUUGGGAUCCUCAGCCUCAGCCAUCAGCAUUGGUUGGACGUAUGUCAUUUCAGUCUUUUAAUCCGUAUAUUGAGAAAUUGAAUGAAGAGGCAUUAAACGGUCAAAGAACAGUUGGUUCCACCAAAAGUUGUAGCAGUAAUGAAGGAAAGGUGUCUUUUAGUCAAAAUGCAUCUUGUCUGGAUGAACCGGAGUGUCCAAAGAUCGAGCCUAGUCAAGAGUCUAAUGGUAACAUGAAAAGAAAGCAGUCUGAGGCAGUGUCUGAACAACACUAUCCAAACAAGUUCCGGAAAAACGGGAAAGGCAAUGCCUUUAAGCACCGAAAGAGCAAGAAGGUGGACUGGAGUGUUCUGAAGCCGUCAAAAACUCAAACCCAAACCGGUUAAUUAAGCUUAGUUGUGAUCUCUGUUAACAUUUAGCGGACAUGUGUUCUUAUGUGCUAGUAGAUCAUUCUCUUACAAUGUCUGUAUUACCAUCACACACUCUGAAUUGCUAUUGGUUUGAUCAAUUAUAUCAAAGUUAAUUUUUU